CGUGAAAAAUUAAACCUAAGUGAAGACUUUUUUUUUUUCUCUCUUUUUCAUCUUCAUCGACACCCUAAACCUAAACACUCUUUUCAUCGGCGGCACCCUCUCCCUGAUCUUCUUCUCUCCCUUUAUCCUUUCUGAUCCCUAAGUCUUCUUUGCCUAUGAUUUUUGGUUAUAAUUGACCAAUUACUUUGUUUUGUUUAUUGCAGAAAUUAAUGAAAUUCAAGGGUUUGUGGUCGCUGUUGGGUGAAUGAAUUGAACAUGGAACUGAAUUUCCGCCAUGAAAUAGGUACUGUAUCUGUUCAGUUCCACCCAAUUGUUAAAAUUUGUGGUUCUGAAAAUGAUAAAUUCAGUGUGAUACAUCCAAAAUUAGAGUUUCCAAGGAGCAAAUUUCUCAGAUUCAAUCUUUGCUCAACCGAUAGUACUCGCAAGGGAUGUAUUGGGAGAGUAAGUGCUGUACCAGAAGAUGAAGAUUUUUUUUGGGAGAAAGCGUUAACGACUUUACUUGAUAUGGCUGAGACUCCGACGCAUAUGAAGAAUUUGUCUAUCAAGGUUUUGGAGUUAAAACAAUUAGCUGAUGAGAUCCGUUCAGAGUUAUCUUUUAUAACGUCGAAGAUGCCUCGAUACUUUAAAGCCAUUCUAGCAACAGUGGAGCUGACCGUUGUGUUACAUCAUGUUUUUGAUUCUCUAACGGAUAAGAUAUUGUGGGAUGUGGUUCAACAGGAAACCGAGGUGGAAGAUUCAGUAGCCAUUAGCAUUCGAAGAUGAAUACACAGAUUGAAAUGUUGGAGAGCGGGGUGGAAAAAGUACUGUCUCUAUCAAAUUUUCUCACCAUAUCUGAUCGAAGGGAGGGGAAUGGCUUAGUUUUAUGAAGUCAAUAGACUCAUCUAAUAUUGAAAGUAGUAGCAGUGGAGGCCAUCAGGACAUCAUUUAUUUGUGGGACAAGAUUUAAAACCAAUUAGCUCAAUUAAUUUGGGACGGAGGGAGUAUGAUCAAAUAAAGAUCCCGCAGUAGGUUUAGUCGUGAUUAAGUUGAAACCUAGGGGUGAGCAUAAAGGUUAUGACUUUUGAAAAUAGGAUCUUGGUUGAGAACAAAUUCGGGAGGGGAAAUAUGGAUCAAAUACCACUGAGAAAAACAACCAUACAACUUAUGUGACCAAUGUUAUGCCAUUGAUCAUUCAUAAGAAGAUUGUGAAGCAGUGGAAAAUCAACUACAACUGGAUGCAAAUAUCGGCUGAAUAAUACUCCCUCCGUUUCUGGAAAAGAGAUAUUUUCACUUUUUCAAUUUGGCCUAUUUUAGGCUAAAAUGAAAAAAAUGAAAGUAUCUCUUCUCCAAAAACAUAAGACUAUGUAUGCGAUGUAUGCUUAGUACUUAGGAUAUCUACCUUCUAAGUUGAGAACGAACUAUCUUUUAUGAUAACUCUUGUCUAUAAU